AUGGACACUCCGCCGGGUGCCUUCGCCGACAGGAGCGACGAAGCCGUGUGGGCGACACGGAUCGAGCGGAAGCCUUGGCUGCGGAAGCAGAAGUUCGAGCGAGGCAAGGCAGUGGCGGCAGCAAGGAUCUUGCAAGAGGAAUGGCAUCAUGGUCAAGGGCGGAUCCAUGGCCUCUUGACGCUGGUGCCGCUGGUCGGCUCGGACUCGCCGCUGCUCCCGCCCCACGUGAAAAGGGUCAGCGAGUUGAUCCUGACCAGUGCAGGGCUGGGAAGCCUGGAGAAAGAAGACCUCCGGAAGCGAGUGUUGGACUCCAACUUGCAGGACGAGCACAAGGAGUCGCUGGCGGCGGCACUGCAGACGGGGUUCGUGGCCAAAGCUGCGAGGUCGCCGCAGCAGAACUGGGUGCACCUCUUCCACUACUUGCCGACAGCUUUGGUGCAGUGGCUGCAGGAGGAAGAGUGUGUCGAGACCAAGACGCUUAAGGUCCUGUCCUUCCUCGCGGAGCGAGGACUUCACAGCCCUUCUGAGCCAACCUUGGCAGUGGUGACGGUUCUGGUGAACUACCAAAACCAAGGCCAACUGCUGCAGCCCUGCAGCUCUCACGACCUCUUCUUGAAGUGCAAGUGCAGGGCUCGUGCCUUCCUGGACCGGUUGAACGGGAAGAAGCUUCCAACUGGCGGCCUGCAGGAGCUGCCCUGCGACCCUUGCUACCUCGCGGCAGACAGACGUGGCGGCAACUUCCUGUGCGAGGCCGGCGUCCGUGCAGCCGGCCCACAGCGGGCGUCCUCGCAGAAGACUGCCGCAGUGGACGUGGGACUGGACAACAAGGGCGAGGAGCAGGGCGAGGAGGCGGAGCAGCAGCUUGGCAAGCAGGGCAAGAAGCAGGGCAAGGCCGCCUCGCAGGCGAAGAAACACGAGGGCGAGAAGCACCAGAAGCCCGCCUCGCAAGUGAAGAAGACCCAGCAGCAAGACGAGAAAAGCGAGAAGGCCGAGAAGAAGCAGCAGCACCAGAAGCCCGCCUCGCAGGUGAAGAAGACCCAGCAGCAAGACGACGAGAAAAGCGAGAAGGCCGAGAACAAGCAGCAGCAGCAGCAGCAGCAGCACCAGAAGCCCGCUUCGCAGGUGAAGAAGACCCAGCAGCAAGACAAGAAAAGCGAGAAGGCCGAGAAGAAGCAGCAGCAGGACAAGAAAGGCGAGAAGGCUGAGAAGAAGCAGCACGGCAAGGGGGGCAAGAAGGCUGCUGAGAAGAAGAAGCGCCAAAACACAACCCCCGAGGACCGUGAGAAGUUCCUCAAGACCUUGCCGCCAAAGGUGCUGAAGGCUUUCGCGAAAGGCUGCUCCAAGUGCCGGUGGCGCCCGUACUGCACGGAUGAUCGCUUUCAGAUCCCGGAUGCAUCCGUGAUCUGCAGCCAUAGCGGCCACUUUGGUCGCUUAGCCGCGGGCGGUCGCUUCGGACUGUGCAAGGAAGUGUUCGUGGACAUCGAGUGGUGGAACGAGCUCACGACGAAAGAGCGGGAAUGCUUCAUGAAGGGCUACCUGGCGGCGAAGGCCCAGGAGAAGAAGAAGGAGGGGUACAAGGAAGAGAAGACCCCUGAGAGCUUUAACCUUCGAAGGCUCCUGGCAGCUCUGACCCUCGAAAAAGGGUCUGCGACUUACAUCUUUAUACAGGUUCGAAGCAUACUGAAUCUCGUCAAGUUAGAUCGAGCCAUGGAUCCUGCUGACGACAGCAUCAUCGCCGAUUGCAACCCUGCCGAACUCGCGGAGAUCUUGAAGAAGCACUGGUCCCUGGAGAACCGCAAAGAGCUGUGCAAGCACUUGAUCGAUGGCUUGGGCAAGUCGAGUGUGAAGCCGAGUACUGUGGUCCAGAGUACAAGUAGAAGCAGUGGCAGUGGUAAGCAGAAGAGUCACGAGCUCGCCGAAAUCGCUGCUCCGUUCCACGACUGA